UGGGCGUGUCUCUGUCUGGUCGGGACACUGAUUGGCUGCUGUGGUCAGGCUGCGUGUUUGAAAAAUAAACAGCAGCAGUGGCAGUCAGCGCAGCGGAGCUCCGUGAUGAAGAUCAGUGAGUUUGAUUCCUCUGAUGAAGAGGAGGCAGGAGAGGAAGAACACACUCCUCUACAGAUCUCCUGGUUGUCUCUGUCAGUGGUAGAGUCCUCUCAGUUUCUGGGUAUUUGCUCUUUGCCAGGAUGCAGAUAUAAAGAAGUCAGAAGAAACCUGGAGAAGGAUGUUGGGGAUCUGUGUGCUGAGGGAGUGGAGGAUGUGUUUGUGUUCUGUACACGAGGAGAGCUGGUGCGCUACAGAGUGCCCUGUCUACUGGAGCACUACACACAGCGUGGGCUCCGCGUGCACCACCUGCCCUUUCCUGAUGGUGGCGCCCCAGAGCUGCCUCAGUGCUGCCGCAUCCUGGAGGAACUUCAGCUCAGCCUGCAGAACCAGCACAGAACCGUCAUGCAUUGUUAUGGGGGUCUCGGCCGUUCAGGACUCAUUGCUGCAUGUUUGCUUCUGCACCUCUCCGUCUCCAUGACUCCCAGUAAAGCCAUAGAGAUUCUGAGAGAGCUCAGAGGAAGUGGAGCCAUCCAGACCGUAAAGCAAUAUAAUUUCCUGCAUGAGUUUCGGGAGAAGUUUGCAGCCUAUCAGGAAACCAAAGAGAGCGCUUCAGAGAGAUCCAUCUCCAGAUAAAGAUUUGCAUUAAUUAUUGUUUCAUAUUCUGACAGGGUGAUUUAAUGUUGGGAUUAUGAAAAGGGAGGAAACUGGUGGGGCUGUUCUAUUCCCUAAUGGCACUUUAAACAUUGAUUGAUUCUAUUUUUUUUUUUUACAUGAUUCAACAAUGUCCAACCUUACAUUAGUCUAAAAAAAAUGCUUCUCAAUAUCAACCAGUGUGCACACUGAGCAUUAUGCAUUUAAUUCCUGUCUGCUAAAGUUCCAGCUUCUAUUAAUACCAUAAUUAGCCAUUUAAUUAAAUACCAGCCUGUUUAAUUAAUGGGUACAAUCCUGUUAAAUGUGAUUAUUUAAAUGUUCUAUGAAAGAAGAUUCUGCAUCUCAGAAAAAAUAAUAAAUAAUAAUGUUCUGUA